GGACUGCAGGGCAUUUCCUUCAGUCUGUUAAUAGCCAGCAAGUAGGUUGACACGGUAUAAAAAGAAAUUUUCAUUUCAUUUUUGAAACAGUUGUGUGUUAGCCUACUGAUCAAAAUGUGUGAGUUACCGUGUGAUGUUGAAGAAGAUUUGGUUCUGGACCCUGGGAAUAGUCCCUUCAGAAAUGAAUUUGAACAUCAAAAACAAUAUGGCUGCCGUACUGAAGGCUAUUCUUCCGCCUUGGCGAAAUUUAAAGUUGAUGGCAAUGUAGAAUGGCUUGAUUCGGGAAUUAGCAGUUUUGGUGAUGAUUUUUCUUCAAAUGCUAGACUUGACUCAGUGGACAAGCUGUUUACGGGUUUAAGUGUGAGGGAUCGCGACCAGGAUAGUUACCCAAGCCAUUCAGACCAAGUGCUCUCUGUUAGCUUAUCAAAUCAGAUAAAUCCUCAUAGCAGUUCUUCAGCGAUACAAAGCAGCCAUGCGUUCGGCAGUGACAGUGCAACUUCUGCAUCUAGUUUAUUAUCAGACAAUCAUAGGUUUGAUAGUGGAGUAUGUCAAACCAGUUCGUUAGACUUGAGCCCAGUUUGCAGUUUGCAGAAUGACGACUAUGUUGUUCCAGAGGCUUAUGUUUUUCAACUAUAUGAACCAGAUGAAGAUGGCGACAAUCAAGUUCACAACAGCAUCAUCCAAAGAAAACCCGCUGUUGCCGUGCAGGUGAUAUCCUUGGCAGCAAGCUAUGAUUGGUUAAAUCAAACCAAUAAACUCUCUCAGACGCCACUACAUUUAGCCGUGAUCACUAACCAGCCCGAUAUCGUCCGAAGACUAAUGGUAGCGGGUGCCCAGGUAGAUGUCCGCGACUCUAAAGGAAACACCCCUUUACACAUAGCUUGUACGAAGGGCUUCACGGAGAUCACAAGGAUAUUAUUAAAACCUGUCAAUCAUACUGAAAUACAUGUGAACAAAUAUGAAAUUCCCUACCAGAAAAUACCCCAGGAUCUGGAAUCAAGGAACUAUGAUGGAUUGAGUUGUAUGCAUUUGUCCGCGCUGGGCAACCACUUGGACAAUAUGUCUCUGUUAUUACAGAACCGAGCUAACAUUAAUAUCGCCGAUGGAAAAAGCGGGAGAACUGUUUUACAUUAUGCAGCGGAGUGCGGAAAUGAACAGCUGCUAAAGUUUAUCUUGAGAGAACCUUCUACGAGGAUCGACGAGAAAACAUACGCAGGUCUGACUGCCAUCGCGUUAGCAAAAGGUCGUGGUUAUCUUGAUGCUGUGGAAGUGUUAUUCGUUCACGGGGCAGACACAGCGGGUCUGGAUGAAGACUCGGAUGACUCGGACAAUGAAAUGGAUAUGAUGUAUGAUGAUAUUAGAAUCGCAGGAGAACCAGUUUCAUUUACGUGCUCAUGAACUAGAUUUUCAAAAAUUCACCAAAAUGCAAUGCUCCAUUGAACUCAAAAGUGAACCUGAAAGACAUAUUUACGUGGAAAUUGUUACCAAACAAUUACGGUAAAGAUACAUUAUGUGAAAAUUGUUUCCAAACAAUUAAAGAUACAUUUUGUGAAAAUUGUUACCAUAUUUAAUGAUACAUUAUGUGGAAAUUAGUGUAUUUGUUACCAUAUAUAUUUAACUAAUGGUAGUAAUUAUGAUUUUUUCCCAAUUUGAGUUUAAUGGGCAGCUUUAUUAUACCAGAUUAUAGGCCUACUUUAUUAAACUAGUUCAGUUUAUUAACAAUUUCUUAAACUUUAAGACUAUUUACUUAUUUUGUUUAGAAAUUUAGAGUGUCUAAUGUCCACUGGUCUUAGAAAAUACUAAGACCCUUAUUCCUUGUGUGAUGUGAAACUCUUAGUGGGGUCUUUAUAUGUGCUGCACGUGUAGUUACACUGCAAGAUAAAUCUAUUUUGUUAAUACACAUUAUAAUGUAUAAAUUCAUAGAUGUAUAUAUUUAAAUUAUUAAAAUGUAGAAAAAUUAA